UAAUUUGAAAUAACUACUGGCGAAGUAGUUAUUUUAAGAAUUUCAAAUACUUCCCCUUCCAACAUUAUUUUAAACGAUCGAGAUCCGCAAUAAAUAUUUUAGAACGAGGUCGAUAAAAUGUAAGAAUUUGAUAACGAUUUUUAUUGACAAUGGAAAAACUUUCUCCUUAAAAGAUUUUACGUCUAAUUUUAUCAAGCUCCGAUGAACCAUAAAGAUAACGCGUGGCCCCGACAUGAAGUAGCAUCUUUUUUUAAACGAUUGUGCCUACCUACAUUUAGCUUACAACGGUUAUCCGUUUCAUUGAGCCACGCGCUCUGACGUAAGGAUACGCUAUCCGACGAGUCACGCACGCACACAUACACACACACACACACACACACAUCAUCGGUGGCGCACAGUCGCCAGUACACUCGCAGUGUGUCUUCGGAAAUCCAUUUAUUCCCGUAAGAAAUCGUGUACUUCGCCAAUGGCAGAAAAUUUACGAGAAGGUCUUCUUCUGGGUAUGGGAAAUCCCCUGCUUGACAUAUCUGCGACAGUAGACAAAAACUUUUUGGAGAAGUAUGACUUAAAAGCCAACGAUGCUAUUCUUGCGGAGGAAAAACAUAAAUCUCUAUACGAUGAGUUAAUCAAUCUGUAUAAUGCCAAUUUUAUUGCUGGUGGUUCUGUACAGAAUACAAUGCGAGUGACACAAUGGUUCUUGGAGAAAUCAAAAGUUGCCAGUUACAUGGGUUGCGUAGGUAAUGACAAGUAUUCAAAAAUAUUGGAAGAACGAGCUCUCACGAAUGGCUUAAAUAUUUGCUAUCAAUAUACGGAUAAAGAACCAACCGGAACUUGUGCCGUUCUUAUCACAGGAAAGGAAAGAUCCUUAUGUGCCAAUUUAGCAGCUGCGAAUUGUUUCUCGUCGUCGCACAUAGAAGUACCAGAAAACAAGAAACUUAUAGAAAACGCAGAAUAUAUUUAUAUUUCUGGAUUUUUCUUAACCGUUAAUCCGGAAGUAAUUCAAACGGUGGCUAAACAUGCAUAUGAAAACAAUAAAAUGUUCAUGAUGAAUCUGAGUGCUCCAUUUAUACCCGAUCUGUUUAAAAAACCGUUAGAAGAUGUUCUUCCUUACGUAGAUAUUUUGUUUGGUAAUGAAGCAGAGGCAGAUGUAUUCGCGAAAGUUCAUGAUUUUAAGACGACGGACAGGAAGGAGAUAGCGUUAAAGAUAUCUCGUAUGGAGAAGAUAAAUGAAAGGAGGAACAGGAUCGUCAUAAUUACACAGGGUUCUGGACCAAUCCUUUUAGUCAAGGACAACGUAGCGACAGAAUAUCCUACUACAAGAAUCCCGGAAGAAAACGUAGUAGACACUAACGGUGCUGGGGAUGCAUUCGUAGGAGGCUUUUUGGCACAACUGAUUCAAGGAAAAGACAUAGAAAUAUGUAUAAAGUGUGGUAUUUGGGCUGCCACGCAAAUCGUACAAACUUCUGGAUGUACUUACGACGGCAAACCUGACUUUAAACUUUGAUCAAACAUAGAUUUAUUAGUAAUUGUAAAUCCAGUACUUAAAUAAAUACCUUAAUAACUUUUCAAACGUUUUACCCAUUAUAUUACUAUAAUAUAUAAGAUCUUUUUAUGGCAAUGGUAAAUCAGGAUUAUUCAUGUUAAUACGUUUGUAAUUGACGAAUAAAUUUUUUUAAAACUUC